CCUCACUCCUCCUCCUUCAGAUGCACUUUGCAUUUCCAGAGCACUGCUCCACACCUCACGGGGCAGCACCCAGCACGACCCCCCAGUCUGUUCAGUUUUUCAGUUCAUCAGCUUUCAUAGCCCACACUCAGUGGAAAUCCUCAGCACACCGACAGUUCAGUGGGUUUUCCUCACUUUGGAUGGGCCUCGGUGCCUUUGCAGAGGGAGGGCAUUCCAGAGGCUCACUGUCAGCCACUGUGCUGGCAGCAGAGACACCGAGAAGGCUGUGAUCCCUGCUCCAAUCUCUCGGACCUAAACCCCACCCCAAGAUGAGGUGCUUGUGCAACAAUUUUCACAGAACCUUCUGGAAGGUUUCCUAGGGCAGCCCCAGCGGGUUCCGGAAGGUUCCAUGCAGCCCUCAGCGCUGCCCCAGGAAGCCAUGUUUGAUCCCACACAGUGCCACCGCCUUGUGAUGCAAGCUGAGGAGGAGCUGCUGCAGUGCGCUGCUUCCCUCACCCCACAGGUGCUUACACUUCUGGUUUCUGCUUCUGAGCUCCUCAGAUGGGGACAUUACUUGGCAGACAAUGGUAUGCAGCAGUGGUGUCAAAAUACCUGCGGCAGCUGCUCUGCAGGUCCCCUGCUGUGCAAAUCGCCCUUCACAGAGGAAGAUCUUCCUGUCAGUGACUGACGAGAGGUGCCAGGAGCAGGCUAGGAGACUUUUAAAACCCACAACUUGGCAAAUCAGCAGGCCUUCUGCUCUGGAUUUGGUUCUUCACAAUAUGAAAGCUGAAUCGUUUCACAAAGCGUGGACCUUCCAGUAGAAUUUUUCAAGCUCAGUAGACGUAUAUUACCGGCUUUAUUUUUUUCUUGAAAUCUUCCGCGCGAGCUUCUGAAGUUUCAAUCACAAUGAGUUCAGGGUUAUGGAGUCAAGAAAAAGGAAGUUCAUCCUAUUGGGAAGAGCGCAUCUUUUACUUGCUUCUCCAAGAAUGCAGUGUCAUAGACAAGCAGACUCAGAAACUAUUGAAGGUGCCCAAGGGCAGCAUCGGGCAAUUUUUUCAAGACCGUUCUUCCAUGGGACACUCCAGAAAUAUUCCUUGUAAAGGCAAGAAACUACAGAUUGGAUUAAAGAUUCUGGAACAACCCCACGCAGUUCUUUUUGUGGAUGAGAAGGAUGUUAUCGAAAUAAAUGAAAAGCUAGCUGAACUGCUUUUGGCAAUUACUAACUGUGAGGAAAGGUACAGCUUGUUUAAAAGCAAAAGCAGGUUAACUAAAGGCAUCCAAAUAGAUAUUGGCUCACCUGUUAGAGUACAGCUUAGGUCGGGAGAAGAGAAGUUUCCUGGAGUUGUUCGUUUCAGAGGACCAUUGUUGCAGGAAAGGUCCCUAACAGGGAUAUAUUUUGGAGUAGAACUGCUGGAAGAAGGUCGUGGCCAGGGCUUUACUGAUGGACAGUACCAAGGCAAGCAGCUUUUCAGAUGUGAUGAGGACUGUGGGGUUUUUGUUGCUUUGGACAAACUGGAGCUGGUGGAAGAAGAUGACAAUGAACUGGAAAGUGACUAUGCAGCUCCAGUUGACGCAAUGCAGGUAGAACUUCCUCCUCUGGAGAUCAACUCCAGGGUUUCUCUGAAGAUAGGAGAGAGUAUAGAGUAUGGGACAGUUAUAUUCUGUGAUGUCUUACCAGGAAACGAAAGUUUAGGAUACGUUGUUGGAGUGGACAUGGAUAAUCCUAUUGGAAACUGGGAUGGAAGAUACAAUGGCAUACAGCUGUGCAGUUUUGCAAGUGUUGAAAGUACCCUUCUUUUGCAUAUCAAUGAUGUUAUACCAGAGACUGUGUCACAAGACAGGAGACCUCCCAAGCUUGCCUAUACUGCAAGAGGUGGUGGUGAUAAAAGUUUGUUCAACCAUAGUAAGCCAAAGGCAACAGGAUCUACCUCUGAGCCUGGAAAUAGAAACAGGUCUGAAGUCUUCUACACAUUAAAUGGCUCAUCAGUUGAUUCUCAGCCUCAAGCAAAAACAAAACCCCCGUGGUAUAUUGAUGAAGUUGCUGAAGACCCUGCAAAAUCACUUACUGAUUCAUCUUCUGGAUUUGGGCAUUCUUCGCCACCACUGCAGCCACCUUUAACAAACUCUGUGACUACAGAAAACAGAUUCCACUCUCUCCCUUUUAGUUUGACAAAAGCAUCAAGUACUAAUGGUGCUAUUGGACACAGUCCUCUGUCUUUAUCUGUUCAGUCAGUCAUUGGUGAUGUAAAUACUACAGCUAACCAGGAAAGUCCAUCAACAGGAGGCCCUGUUGGUAACUCUCAUGGUCUUGAAGCAGGUUCCUUGGCUGAAGUUAAAGAAAAUCCCCCAUUCUAUGGAGUAAUCCGUUGGAUUGGCCAGCCCCCUGGGGUCAAUGAAGUGCUAGCUGGACUGGAACUGGAAGACGAAUGUGCAGGUUGUACAGAUGGAACAUUUAAAGGAACUCGAUACUUCACUUGUGCUCCAAAGAAAGCUCUUUUUGUUAAACUGAAAAGCUGCAGACCAGAUUCCAGGUUUGCAUCACUACAGCCGGUUUCCAAUCAGAUUGAACGCUGCAACUCUCUAGCCUUUGGAGGUUACUUAAGUGAAGUGGUAGAAGAAAACACUCCUCCAAAAAUGGAAAAAGAAGGUUUAGAGACAAUGAUUGGAAAGAAGAAAGGUAUCCAGGGUCAUUACAACUCCUGUUACUUAGACUCCACCUUAUUCUGCCUGUUUUCUUUUAGCUCCGUUUUGGACACUGUGUUACUCAGACCUAAAGAAAAGAAUGAUGUAGAGUAUUAUAGUGAGACUCAGGAGCUAUUGCGAACGGAGAUUGUGAAUCCUCUUAGAAUAUAUGGAUAUGUAUGUGCUACAAAAAUAAUGAAACUGAGGAAAAUACUUGAAAAAGUUGAGGCUGCAUCAGGAUUCACUUCAGAGGAAAAAGAUCCAGAAGAAUUUUUGAAUAUUUUAUUUCAUCAUAUUCUAAGAGUUGAACCACUGUUGAAAAUAAGAUCAGCAGGUCAGAAAGUACAAGACUGUUAUUUCUACCAAAUUUUUAUGGACAAAAAUGAGAAAGUUGGAGUCCCGACAAUCCAGCAGUUACUGGAGUGGUCCUUCAUCAACAGCAACUUGAAGUUUGCAGAGGCUCCUUCUUGCCUGAUCAUUCAGAUGCCUCGAUUUGGAAAAGACUUCAAAAUGUUCAACAAAAUUUUUCCAUCCUUGGAGCUAAACAUAACAGAUUUACUUGAAGACACUCCCAGGCAGUGCCGUAUUUGUGGAGGGCUUGCUAUGUAUGAGUGUAGAGAGUGCUAUGAAGAUGCCGAUAUUUCUGCUGGAAAAAUCAAGCAGUUCUGCAAAACCUGCAAUACACAGGUUCAUCUUCAUCCCAGGAGACAGAGUCAUAAAUUCAAUCCAUUGUCACUCCCUAAAGAUCUGCCAGACUGGGAUUGGCGACAUGGCUGUAUCCCAUACCAGAAGAUGGAGUUGUUUGCUGUCCUCUGCAUAGAAACAAGCCACUAUGUAGCUUUUGUUAAGUACGGGAGAGAUGACUCCGCCUGGCUUUUCUUUGACAGCAUGGCAGAUCGGGAUGGAGGUCAGAAUGGCUUUAACAUUCCCCAAGUGACCCCAUGCCCGGAAGUUGGCGAAUACCUGAAGAUGUCUGUAGAAGAACUGCACUCAUUGGAUUCCAGAAAAAUUCAAGGUUGUGCACGAAGACUGCUUUGUGAUGCUUACAUGUGCAUGUAUCAAAGUCCAACAAUGAGUUUAUACAAAUGAACAGUGCCCUCUGGAAAACUGAAGAAAUGAUAUCGAGAUUUCUACUGUUGUGUUCUCUGCAUUUUUUUGUUAGUUUUGAUGCAACCGUUGCUGGCGAUGGAUGCGAUGAGAAGGAAGAAGCUGACUCUGAGAACAAAAGGAUCACUGUUCCAAAAACUACAUGUGGAGUUCUGAUGUGGAAGUAUUUAAGCAUUUUGCACUCUAGGAAGUGUGCUUGUGUGUGUUUGUUUUAUAAACAAAGUCUAAAUGAAGUUACUAAAACUUAAAAGCUUUAAGUGCAUUCAUUAUAUCUGGACAUUUUAAACAAAAACGUGGAGUUAUUCUCAGGAGAAACCUCCUUAGUCCAUUGAGAAUGUAAAGAUGUGGUGUUAUUGCUCGGGUGAGUUUCUAUGGACCAAGGAUGAUAAUUCUUGUUUCUCUCCCCCCCUCAGCGCUGCCUUUUUAAGCACCAUCGAUUCUUCAAGAGAAUAACUUCAGUUUUAAUAGGAUAAAUGUUAAACUGUUCAUUGCAUUUUAAUUCUGUCCUGUUAGCUGUCUGCUACUGCAUCCUUAUCAGUUCAUACAUUUACAUCUUCAAAAAUUAAUGUCCAUUAUUUAAACAUCUCAGUUCCUGUCCUAUGGAAGUCAAGCACACUGAUUUGCUGUUUGGGAAGUUGGGAUUUCUGGAGAGGAGAGAGAGCAGUAAGGGGAAGGAUAACUGCUUAAAAUUAGCUAUGCGAGGUUAUGUGUGUCUAACUGUGAUUUGUAAGGAAAGCAGACUGGAGCAGAUCAUCAGCUGUAUACAGACGAUUGGAGGACAAAAUAAAGUAAGGAAAGGACUGCCUCAGGGAAUGGUAUUAAAAUGGACUCGAGUUCUUGGUGAAACAAAACUGACUUUUAUACAAUACGUUAAGCUACUACCUAGGAAUAUAUUACACAUCUGACUCUUGAUGUCAGGAUUACUAAUGAAUAUUAAAAAUCUCUGCUAGGAAAAAUGAAACUAGAAAUACAAGGAGAUGAGAGUUUUACAGUAUACCAAGUACUGAAUGAAUACUAAUUUGAAAAGCUGCAAAAUCUGUAUUGUGUAAAAUACACUUGGAAGUCUGGUGGUUCCUGUUUGCAAUGAAUUUUUUGUUGUUGCUUUUUAGCUACUUCUGUAGCUAAAUGCUAUAUAUAUAUGUGUGUACACAGUGAAAUCUGGUUGUACAAAGGAGUUACAAAUUGCAUAUGUAUAUGAGCUGUACAUUUUCAACUUGAGAUGUUUUAUAUGGAAAACUUCCUCCUUGGGAUCAAGUCCAUAUAGAAAACGCAACAGGGAAAACUGCUUUAUCCACUGUUUUAAAGAGGAUGGAGUGUGAUCCUGUGUUGUAGAUGUUACUUUAUGCUUCUUGAAGAAAACAAAACUCUCCCUGUGGGACAUGCUCUCUACCACUGGGUUGUGCUAGAGCAAGGUAGGGAAGUGCUCAAAGGACUACUCUGUCAGCUCUAAGGAAAACAAAGGGGGGCUGAGAGCACUGAUCUGUUCCCUGGGCAUCUGCAUGAAGUGUGGUCUGAGUUUUCACUCUCAAGAACAAAGAAGUUUUUUGUGUCACAGCUGCUUUUGCCUCUAAUAAUCUCCUGGCUUCCAAGGCCCCUUGCCUUAUUUAUCUCAUCUGUGCUCCUGGCAGAAUGCUCAUUCUCUAGUUGCAGUACUACUUUUGAGUUCUUAAACUCCUUUUCUCCCAAAGAAUUCCUGUAAGGCUUUAUUUACCUGUUGGAUUCUGUAAACAUUGGUCAGGGGAGGGGUCUCUUUGUUGACCGUGGUCCUUCCUUGGCUCUGGGAAAGCAGCUGCAGGUGCUCAGUUGUGUUGACAAAGAUGCCAUAGAAGCAGUGGGUAGGGACUAUAAGGUAAAGACGACUAGACAGCUGCUAUUUACUUUAUAAUGUCACUUACAUAGGGGGAGCACAAAGUAUGAUUACCACCCCCUCCCCCCCCCCCCCCC